AUGAAUAACAAGCAAGUUUUAAUCUCUGGUUUGAUUGCCUCUUUUGUAUCAAGUGUUGCUGCUGGUAGUUGGAAUGCUGGUGACACCAUCGCUCUCUUGAUUGGUAUUGCUAUGUUCUUUGUUCUUCUUUUGGCAUUUUUGGGAUGGUAUUCAAGAAGACAAUAA